UGGAGCCGUGAGAGGAGAGUGUCAGAGAAGAGACAAAGAUCCUCCAGCUGCUUCAGCAGGACAGACAAGACACUUGUUCCUCCAUCUCAUCUCCUGUUGCGGUUACCAUGGCUUCAGCCCUCAUAUCUGCGCUGAGUGUGCUUCUCUGUGCGUUGGCACUCAUUCUCUACAGCAGUCCGGCAGAGGCUCAGGCAGACUUAGCAUUGGACUGUUGCCUGACGGUUAGCCACAAAGUCAUCCCUAAACAUGUCCUCCUCACUUACCGGAAGCAGUUCAGAGUUGACGGCUGCCCCCGAGAUGCUGUUGUAUUCAUAACAAGGAAAGAUUUGAAUCUUUGUGCCCCACCUGCAGCGGAAGAGCACUGGGUUAAAGAGACGAUCAAGUUUCUGGACACUAGGCUCAAGAAGUGCAAAGCAACCAAAUUUCAUGUAUGUAAUUCACCGCAGAUUCAUCACAGCUUCACAGUUUUGUUUCCUCAGACAUCUUCUGUAGUAUCUGAUGACAUAAAGCUGGUUGCACAACAGCUCGUCAUUGUUAUUGCACAAGCCCUGCAGCAGGUCACUUUCUCCUUUCUGGUUUUCAUCUGA